AUGGGGUUUGGUGCCAAAGUCAAAGGACAGGCGAGAAAACUUCGGAGGAAGUUGAUGAAGUGUUUCCAGAAAGACCAGAAGAGGUCAAAGAAGGGGACGGAGACAGCCGAAUCAAACGUCCGGGUUACGGCAGAGCCUGACGCGUACAUGUUUGUUCCCACCACGACCACGUUCCAGAACGUGCACACCGAUGUGGUGAAACUGAUCAUCUUGAUCAUCGCCCUCGCACGGCUUUUGGAGUUCUUAUUCGGGAUCAACUUCCACAAAUUGUCUAACCGUGAGUACAGGCCGGUCCAGAGGGUCUCAAGAUUCCGGGACUUGGCGAAGUACCCGUACGAGGAGCCGAGCCGGACCCGCCGGGUCUCCCACACUCCGCCUGCGCGCCAGCUCGCCGUUCUGCCGCCUCCGCCUUCUUACAGGCAGAUGACGUUCGUCAAGAAGACGAGAGAAGAAAUCCUGGUGGAGAAGAACCUGUCAGUGGUAGGGUACGACCGCGACAGGGUGGCCACUGAUGGCAACUGCUUCUUUGAAGCAGCGGCCAGACAACUCCGAAGGGGAGACCCACGUGUCGUCACCACCGCCCAACAACUCCGGCAGGACCUUAUCCGCUACAUCCGCGCUCACGCAGAAAAGUACUCCAUCGCCGUGCCGGGCGGGCUCUGGGCGUUCCACCGGGAGCUGGACGAUCUGUCUCGGCCGGGUCACUGGUGCAUGGACCUGGGAGACACCCUGCCGAUCGCUCUCGCAAACUUCACCUCCAGGGAGGUCAACCUGGUCACCAGCAUCCCCGCCAUGCCGGUCAUCACGCUCGAACCUGACGGCGAGGAGUCCGGCUCCCCUCUGGUCUUGGCGUACCUCAACACCCCGGGAGGGGAGCACUACGAUGCCACGAAGAGGAAGAGGAGCGGCUAG